ACAGUUUUCCGCUGACAGUGUAGCUUCUGUUCUCAAACCCAUAACUGAAAAACGCCAGAGAGAGAAGGAUGUUCACGUUUUAUGUGCUCUUGGAUCUUCUCUUUAGAGCCACUGGCACUCUGCUCUCCACAAACCCCGGACACAAUGUGACUUUACCAUGCUUCUAUAACUCCAGUGCCAAAAAUCUGUGUUGGUACAAGCAGGUUGCAGGGGAACAACCUCAAAUCAUAUCCUCUUUCUACAAAUAUUCACCUGACUCCAACAAAUUCUACAACCAGUUCCAAGACAACAGUCGCUUUUCAGUUAGUACUGGGGAAGGGUUCUACCAUCUGAACAUAUUUAAUGUCCAGGACUCAGAUUCAGCUAUGUACUACUGUGGACACACCAGUGGUAUUGUCACAGAAUUUAACAAUGGAACGUUUUUGGUUUUAACAGAGUCCAGUCGAAGGAUGUUGAUCCAGCAGCCGGCGUCCGACUCCGUGAAGCCAGGCCAAUCUGUCACUCUCAACUGCACGCUCCACACUGGAACCAGCGACACAGAACACAGUGUUUACUGGUUCAAAAGGGAUAAUUCUAGAAACUCCCAUCUGGGAAUUAUGUACAUCUACACACACAACCGCAGUCAGUGUGAACAGAGCCUGGGAUCGGAGUUUCCUGCACGGAGCUGUGUGCACACGUUAUCAAAGAGGAAUGUGAGCGUGUCGGAUGCUGGGACGUACCACUGUGCUGUGGCUUCAUGUGGAGAGAUACUGUUUGGGAAAGGAAUGAGACUGGAUGUUGAAGAGAAACAGGAUGACAUUUCCUCGGUCUUCAUGCAUUGCAUGGUUGCAGCUCUGCUUGUGUCUGUUUUCUUGAACAUCACCCUAAUCGGCAUGCUCUGCAAAAUGUCCAGGAGAAAGGGGCUUCAUUCUGAAGAGCUGCCACCCCACUCCAUUGUCCCAGAAAACACUGCUAACAGUCAGAGUGAGGAAUCUGAUGCUUCGCAGUACAUAGCUCUGGACUUCAAAGAGAUGCAAGGCAAGAGGAGAAGACAGAGGAGCACAGAAGAAGAAGAGGAGACGAUUUACUCUGGAGUUAAACUGUCCCAGCUGAAGUGAUUGUUCCUGUUUGAAGCUAGGGGUAUACGGUUUUCGGGAAAAGGCAACGAAAAAGCGCCAACAUUUGUAAAUUAGGGCUGUCAAUCGAUUCAAAUAAUAACCAUAAAAAUCAACAAUAUAACCUAACAUACUGAGGAAAUGAAUUAAAAAGUGUUUUGAGAAGAAGAUUUGUAAAUAAAUGUUCCAAUCAAUGAUCCAGGCACUGCUUUCUCGUUUCCCUCCUUCAUUUUACAGUCGAAUAGUGGCUAGAGCGGCUCCGGGUCAAAGGUCAACAUGGAAUGGAUUCAUCUGCAUUAUUUUUUCUCUGAUAAAUUGAUUUCACUUAACGCAUUAUUUUGACAGCCCUAUUGAAAAUACAUCCCUCUUCAUGCAGCUGUGCCCUCUCUGUCCUAAGCCCCUCUUCAUACAGUAACCUGUACAAGUAGUCUUUCAUUUCAUUGUGAUAUCCGUGCAUUUAGCAACAGUUCUACAUAAGAAUUAACGUCCUGAUUUAUUUGCAAACUUGUGGGCCUGUAAAGCCCUUUGAGGUGACAUAGUGUGGUUUGAGGCUCAGGCUUCGUCUUGGGUGGUAUUGAUUUUUUCAUACCUUCUUGACAUGUUUUUCCCCCUGGGGUAUAUGGUAUCACUUUAAAAAAAAAAAAAGUUUUUUGAAAGUCUGUCUUUUUUUGGGGUUGCCUUGUGUAGGCAGUUAUUGCCAGUGCUGGAUGAGCAGCUUUUUUCUGCAGUAAUUUCUGUCUGAAAGAAUGUGCAUUCACAUCUGCAUAGAACAGCCAAAAGGAACGCUCUCUCCCUCUCUCUCUCUCUCUGAAAUGACCUGUGAUUGGCCAAAAGCUCUUUUUAAGGGCUAGAUUUUCUAAAGCCUUAAAAAGUGAUCUAAGCGAUGUUGGGUAACUGUAACUGUUUUAACGAACUGUUUUCUACGCUUUUUAUUUAUUCAUAUUCAUAUAUGACAUACGUAAUUUAUGAGUUGAAAAAAGCAGAUAUUAUG